GGAAGAAGAAGCUGCUGGUUUCCUAAUCAUAGAGCACCGAAAUUUGAAGGAAACAGAAGAAAUGAGCAGUGAGUGAGAAAGGAACGAGGUGGAGCUGAGUGUGAAUUCUCGGAUUUGAGCCGCCGUGCCGGAGUCGAAACGCCGGGAUACCGAUUGAGAGGAGUCAGUUGGAGUUUGAUUCUUUCGGAGGACUGCAUCCGGAAGCUGUGAAGGUUCAUAAUCUCAGAUCUUCACAAUCGAUUGUUUCAGUUCUUGAUUGGAGAGAUAGAGAAUGUCGGUGCAGGAGUAUCUUGAUAAAUACAUGCUCUCUCGGAGAAUCGAAGACGCAGUCAAUGCCGCCGUGCGAGCCAAAACUCCUGAUCCCGUCCUCUUCAUCUCUAAUCAUAUGAGAAAAGCCAUUCCUUCGGUGAUUACGAAGAUAAAGGCGCGGCAGAUCCUAGAUAGUAGAGGAAUUCCUACUGUUGAAGUAGAUUUGUACACUAACAAAGGAAUGUUUCGUGCUUCUGCCCCGAGCGGCGAUGGCACUGGAAUGUACUGCUCAUUUCCUUUUAUGUCUGCUGUUAUUACAGAAAGAUAUGGUGCUAGUGGAUGUAAUGUUGGAGAAGUUGGAGGUCUGACUCCAAAUAUUUUGAGUGUUAGAGAAGGAUUGGAUCUUGUUAAAGAGGCUAUCAGCAGAACAGGUUUCAAUGACAGAAUAAAGAUAGCGAUUGAUGUUGCUGCUACUGAGUUCUGCAUAGGUACAAAGUAUGAUUUAGAGUUUAAAUCUCCAAGUAGGUCUGGGCAAAAUUUCAAGUCAGGAGAAGAUAUGAUACAGAUGUACAAAGAACUGUGCAGUGAUUACCCCAUAGUGUUGAUUGAAGAUCCAUUUGACAAGGAAGACUGGGAACAUAACAAGGUUUUUUGUGCUCUUGGACUUUGUCAGGUGCUUGGGGAUGACUUGUUGAAUUCAAAUUUGAAAAGAAUUGAAAAGGCAAUUCAGGAAUCUGCUUGUAAUUCUCUUAUUCUCAAGAUAAAUCAGAUUGGAACUGUGACGGAGGCUAUUGAAGUGGUGAAACUGGCAAAGGAUGCUCACUGGGGAGUGGUGGCAUCACAUCGAUGGGGGGAAACUGAAGAUUCCUUUAUAGCCGAUUUGGCUGUUGGCCUUGGUGCAAGUCAGAUCAAGGCUGGUGCUCCUUGUAGAGGGGAGCGGCUGGCAAAAUACAACCAGUUGCUUCGAAUUGAGGAAGAGCUUGGGGACCAAGCAAUUUAUGCCGGCGAAGACUGGAGGCCUUCAUCUUGAUCAUUAGCGUCAGGUCUUAUUCUCCAUUGUAUUCAACCUGGUACACUGGUUCAGAGUUCUGUAUUUUCUGCGAGUGUUUUCUGUUCUGUAUUUUGGGUUAUGCUGCCAACCAAGAAUUGAACCUUUGCUAAUUGGAAGUAAACAAGUAUACCUUGUGCUUCCAACUACAGUAGUCAUAUUGAGUUUUGGUAAGAAUUGAGCCUGUUGACCAAAUUACAUUGUCAAUUCAAAGAUUUUACUGAUUGUGCGAAAGCCCUUCAAUAGUUUGA